AUGAAGACAAAAAGAUUAGAUUGGGACGAAGAAGUGGUAAUUGUGACCGGAGGAUCAAGUGGAUUGGGUAGUUUGCUGGUUGAGACAUUGGCCCUUAGAAAUGUCACUGUUAUUAUAUUAGACAUUAUACCCCCUGAAAUAGAACAUGUAAACAUUAUAUACUACGAAUGUGAUGUAUCAAAAUUCGAAAAUGUUCAAAAUGUAGCCAAAGAAGUCAUCGAAGAGGUAGGUCAUCCAACCAUUCUUAUAAAUAACGCUGGCGUUGUUAAAGGAAAGACAAUUUUGGAUGAAUCCGAAAACGAAAUAUUGGAGACUAUAAAUACAAAUUUAUUAUCAUCAUUCUGGACAACGAAAGUAUUCUUACCUGAAAUGAUCAAGAAUAAUCAUGGCCAUAUAGUGACUAUAUCUUCUGCUAUCGGAUUUUCUGGAACAGCUCAAUUAGCUGAUUACGUUUCUAGUAAGGCUGCACUUGUGGCCUUUCAUGAAUCACUUCGUUAUGAAUUGAAUAAUCGAUAUAAUGCAAAAAGUGUUCGUACUACUUUAGUUUGUCCAGGUGAAAUAAAAACAGGAAUGUUUGAUGGAAUUAAAGUCAAAUGUCCUUUUAUUAUUCCACCAUUGGCUCCAUUAGACGUAGUUAAGCCUAUUAUCACCGCUUUAGACAAAAAUCAAAGUCAAGACAUUUUGAUGCCAUAUUAUGUUAAUUUAAUGCCUUUAUUAAGAUUUUUACCUUCAUUUAUUCAUGAUCUUGCUCAUCAGUCAGAAAAAUUUCAAAAUCUUUCUCACCCUCAUCCCAAAUGGAGUUGCGGGGAACCAACAACUGUAAAAAAUUCAUUUGCAAGAUUAUGUCUUGAGUGUUUGGGAUGGACACAUUCAAUUGCACCAUAUGAAUGA